AGCUGAUAAACAGCUGCACUGGUAUAUCAUUUGGCACAAAAUUUAGCGCUCGUCGCUACGGAUUGGAAAUUUCUCUGUCCUCGCACUUGAACUUGUCACACACGCGCAGACGUUGGCAAAACUUUUACAUAACAAUGAUGAGAUGACAAAAUAGUUACAAUUAAAAUUUUAAGCAAAUUGACUUUCGGUGCUAACUAAAUUGACUAAAUUUUAACCACUGCGUGUGGCACGGAACUAUUGCAAAACUUUGGUGUAAAAUGUUAAAAACGAUAGGCGUCAAUGCACGCGUAAGACUGUGGACGGAUUGUGAACAAUUGCUACUGGUGCUACAGCCACAAUGCCACUCACAAAGGCGACAUAUCAGCCCCUUGUCUGUUUACAAUAGACGUGUUGCCAGAAAAGAUAUGCUACCAGAUAAGGAGCAAAAGGCUACAACAGUAAAAUUGGAAGCACUUUAUAACAGCCUACAGGAUUAUCAACCAAUUAUUAAAAGUGGUGGUGGUGGUGGCUUCUUUAGCACUUUAUUUAAAGGUGAUGCAAAUAAAAAUGGAGUUGAGCUCAAUGUAGGUUCUGAAGUGCCUCAAGGCCUAUACAUUUUCGGCAGUGUUGGCGGUGGAAAAACCACACUCAUGGAUAUGUUUUUUGAUGCCUGUACACAUAUAAAUCAAAAACAAAGAGUCCAUUUCAAUUCAUUCAUGACGGACGUUCACAAACGCAUACACGCUUCUAAACAGGAGAGAGGACCAAGUGAUAGGGCAUUUAACACAGAAAGUCCAACGCCAUAUGACCCAACACGUCCAGUAGCUGACCAAAUAUUAGCUGAGUCCUGGCUUAUUUGUUUCGAUGAAUUCCAAGUAACCGAUAUCGCCGAUGCUAUGAUUUUAAAACGCCUAUUCACGCAUCUGUUCAACGACGGUCUUGUUAUGGUGGCGACCAGUAAUCGUCAUCCCCAGGAACUGUACAAAAAUGGUUUGCAACGUAGCAAUUUUCUACCCUUUAUCGAUAUACUACAACGUCGCUGUAAAGUUAGUGAACUAAAUAGUGGUAUUGACUACCGCCGCAUUGCUCAGUCGGGUGCUACAAACUUUUUCUUUAAGUCACAAACAGAUGCUAACUCCGAAAUGGAACGUAUGUUCAAAAUUCUAUGUACUCAGGAAAACGAUAUUGUGCGUCCACGUAUCAUAACACAUUUUGGACGUGAUUUAACUUUCCAGAAAACUUGCGGACGUGUUUUGGACAGCAGUUUUGACGAGCUCUGUGAUCGUCCGCUGGCGGGUAGUGAUUAUCUACAAAUUGCUCAACUUUUUCACACAGUGCUGAUACGAGACGUGCCUAAAAUGAAUUUGUUUAUUAAAUCUCAAAUGCGACGCUUUAUUACACUCAUCGAUACACUUUAUGAUAAUCGCGUGCGAGUGGUUAUCUCUGCCGAAGCACCGCUUGAAAGACUUUUUGACAUCACAGACAAGCCCACCGGACUGGCGGACUCCGAACGUACGCUGAUGGAUGAUUUAAACAUUCAGCAGGGAUCUAAAGACUCGGCGUCUAACUAUUUCACUGGGGAAGAAGAAGCUUUCGCUUUCGACCGUACAAUUUCCCGCUUGUUUGAAAUGCAAAAGAAGGAAUAUUGGGAACAAUGGGCUAAACACCGUUAAUAGUUUUGUAUAUAGUUCGCGCUACAUGCAAUUUGGUUCAGUGUUCUUAUGUACUUAAUUUAAAUAUCAUAUUAAAAAAAUUGCAACACUUGUAUAAAUAUUUGGUCAAAAUUUGCGACUCCAAGUUUUGUUUAAAGUAUUUGCACGGAAAGGUUAAAUAUUUUUAUUAACAUCAACAUUCUAUGUGCCGACGAAAUUUUAUAAAAAAAAAUAAUUGAUUAUCUUAAAUUAACGUGAAAUUGAUAAUGCUGCAAAUAUAUUAUUAUGCUUUCCAUCGAGUAUUAAUCAUCGAUAUUUUAGUGCUUAAAAUUGUUAACUUGUUCUAGGAGCUACGGCUGUCAAGUUAUAAGCUAUAUUUUAAGCAUGUCUUUAAAAUAGUAUUAUGCAGUAAAAUGUUAAACAACUAUAUAUAAAAUAGACAAUAAAUAUAAUCGUGGAAGUGGUAACAGUGUUGAACCUAAUAAAAGCAA